GCGGCGGCGGCUCGCGCGCUCUUCUCGGCGGGCGGCCUCAUGCAGGCGGAGCGCGGGGCUCGGGGCGGCCGCGGGCGGCGGGGAGGCCGGGAGCGGCCCGGAGGGGACCGAGAGCGGCCCGGAGCCCCGGCGGCGCUGGCGAGAGGAGGCUGCGGCGACGGAGGCGGCCGGCGGGGCCGAGGCCGGGGCUUCCGCGGAGGCCGAGGAGGCGGCGCCCCACGAGGCGGCCGCCGGGAGCCUGGAGGCCGCGCCGGCGGAGCUAGCUCGCGGGUGGAAGACGACAGUGAUUCAGAGACCCAUGGAGAAGAGAAUGAUGAGCAGCACGGACACUUUUCUAGAAGAAAGAUUGUCUCUAACUGGGAUCGAUAUCAAGAUACUGAAAAAGAAGUCAAUGAUGAAAGUGGAGAAUCGCAGCGGGGGACGGACUUCAGCGUCCUCCUGAGCUCUGCAGGGGACUCAUUCUCACAGUUCCGAUUUGCCGAGGAGAAAGAAUGGGAUGGUGAAAUUUCAUGUCCAAAGCAGAAUUCAGCACUCUACGUGGAUAGUGAGGCACUGGUUCGAGCCCUUCAACAGCUGCCCAUCUCAGUCCGGCUUAACGUUGCUGCGGAGUUGAUCCAGACCACAAUUCCUUUAGAACUUCCACAGGUGAAACCAAGGAGAAACGAGGAUGGCAAGGAGCCGGGCAUGCAGUUAAGAGGGCCCAUUUCUGAGCUCAGAUCUCUGGGCAAAGACAGCUUAAGACCAAGCCCUCCAGAGGGUGUGCAGAAAGCCCCCUUCCCACCACAGUCAGUGGCAGACCAUCUGGAAGAUGAACUGGACAUGUUGCUGCAUUUAGAUGAACCCGUGAAAGAGGAAGACCGACUCUGCCCAGAUCAGACAUCUGAGGAACCAGAAGGAGGUGGGCAGGUGGCCCAGGAGGAAACCGUUCCUGGAAAGCCAUCUAUGACUGGAGAGAAAAAUGUGGAACCUGAACAGACAAGCACAUCCAAAACUGUCACUGAGGAAGAACUGGAAGACUGGCUGGACAGCAUGAUUUCCUGAGGAGGGGACCAAGGGGAAAUGUGCCUGAAGCAAUAAGUAAGGGUGGGCUCCUUUACCAGAAUACCCCAUGGUACUAUGUACUGUUAUUUAUGCUUACAACAGUCAGUGCCUACCUCUGUUUCUGACGGCAUCUGAAUACAUGUAUGAGGCUUCCUUGGGGCUUUGUUUCUGUUAUCUGGCUUAGUCACCUACUAGAUUUCCUUAAGGACAGGGGAUGUCACAGCUAUGUUUCCAUUCUCCUUCCCAAUGACAUUACAGAAUAACAGGUCCUAUUUAAGAGAAUGUACACAAGCAACAAGGCAUGCAGUUAGUCAAACAAACACUCUCUGGUCUAUGGACAUUUCCUUUUGGGAUGAAGCUCAUGGGCUACUUGUCAGCAGUCAGUUUGGAAGUGGUAUAUGACAAGAAUCCAAACCAUCAACUGGCAUGUGUUACUUUAUUGCAGUGGGCACUUCAUUUUAUUGGAGGAGACCUAAAACAUGGCAACUCCACUACUUACACAGGACCAUAAAGCAUCACUUAGGUUUGGUAUAAGAUUAAGAUUUUUCUGAAAUUUCAGUACAGUGCCUUUCUUCAAAUUAACAGCGGUUGAUAAGCUGUUACUGAAGAAAUUAUGUGAAUAACCUUCAAGUGCAGUUUCAUAAAGUAAGACAGAAUAUCAGCACAGCUGUUAAUGGAGUUGUCCUUCGGGAACACAAACAUAAAAAACUUGCAUAGCUAUAUCUAAAGAGAUUUUUUUUAAGGCACUUAAUCGAUAUUUCAGUUUCGACAAAGUGUUUUCUAUUUCUUUAGCUGCUUAAAGCUUUUCAAGCUGAUUCUGGAUACAGUCACUAGCAAGUACCAUGGAAAAAUUAGAUCGCAGUUAACAUGAGUUGAACAUGAUUUUGUGUAGUUCUGCCCAUCGAUCCCUGCAUGACAUUUAGGAGUUCAAGACUUCUUAUUUCUCUGAACCAUUCCAAGAAACUAGUUGCUCUUAGAACUGGGAGCCCUGUGGGCAGUCAGUUGGAGUCUUUUGUCCCUUGGGCACAAAUGCCAAAUCAAUCUCCAAAUGUAGAUUUCUUUUUAAUGCAGUGUCAAGGAGGGAUUCUGUUGAUUAGAAGGUGACUGUCAAGAACCAUGGCUCGUCUUGAACUCAGAUUUAUCCGAGCUGAUCUUCGUAUUGCUUACGAAAGCAGUCGCCAGCUGGGAAGAAGUCCCAACACCUUUCCUGGUACAUCUUCCACACGUAAGAUUCCUGAAACAAUGUAAACAAAGGGCACCUUGUGAUGAAACCACAAUAAGCUAAACCCAGUUUGUGUUUGCUCUAUGUGAUUUCCUUUAGGAAGACCCAGGAAUUGAUGCAAGGCCAUGCGGGCAUGUUCUCUCUCCCAACCUGCUUGGUUUUGUGAGCAAGAAGGCACAUCUUCCCAUCAUGGUGAAGGGGAAAACCUAGCCUCUGCCAGCCAUUUAAUCCCAUGCCAGUUGUAACU